UUACGAUGUCCCAAACUACCUUAGCCCUGAUCACAAGGCAUUGGUCCUCGGGAUGAGGCAAAGUUCCAAGCCGUUCUCUCGAGGCAGUUCGCAGACGUUCCCUCAAGGCAGCCUCGAGGCAGCCUCGAGGCUGGGUAGGGACGGCAUCGUCGCUUGGUAACGGGAGGCUGCUGUUACGACGCGAUUCGAAGUCUUGGAGUGCCAGCCCGGGCUGGCAAAGUUCAAGUAGCUGUCACGCCCAGGAGCCUCCACACGAGCUCACUCCACCUCCUCCACUCCCCUCGCCCCUGUUCCUUGGCUCGCCCUCGGCAGCUGGCCUGCUUCCCUCUGCGCCUCCUCGAGAUGUCCUGCGGCCCCCAGCAGGAGCCCGAGUUGGAAGUCGCCCAUGGCGCUGUACAUCAACUACGGCGAGGGCGCGGACGAGGCGACUGUGCAGGGGGCAGAGUGGCUGCAGGGCAUCAUAGCGGAGCAGCAGGGGGCAGAUGCCGAGAAGGAGUUCCACGAGAAGUUCAAGGGAUUCCUUGACAACGGCGUCAUUCAAGACCUGGCACCAGUUUUCGACUUGUUCGUGGAUCAUAGCCAGGAGGUGUUCGCCUCGAUCCCGGACGCGCGGCCCGAGGAGCGGGCGAAGGACGUCGAGAGUUUCUUCGCCCUGGUGCUCAGCAUGCUGCUCCUGCUCGACGAGGAGGAGCAUCUGGACAAGGCCACGACGCGCCUCUGCGACCUCUUCAGCCGCUCCGCCGGCCAGCAGCCCGAGCUGCGCCUGCGGCUGCUGAUGAUGCUGUACAACACCUUCAACAAUCCACUCUACGAGACUCGGUACCGGGUGUUCAAGUACGUAGUGGAUUUCGCUGCCAAGGCUGGCCUGUUCGACCAGGUGCUGCCAUACUUGGAGUACCUGGACUCUUGGAUGGCGGACUGGAACACUUACCUCACCGUUGAUGAUAAGCGCACGCUUUACCGCGAUAUCGCGCAGUAUAUGCAGGCGCUUGGCAAGCGGGUGGAGCACUUCACCCACCUGAAGAGAUACCACGAGUGCUUCCAGGGCGAGAAACCCGACGUGGUCGGAGCCGCGGAGCCGCAGAGCUUAGCCGUGGAGCUCAUCAAGGUUGCCGUGGCGCUGCCGUCGGUGAUCCAGUUCGAUGACAUCUUGAACUUUGACACCAUCAAGGCGCUCGGGAAGGGCAAGCACAAGGACUUGGUGGAGCUGUGCGGCGUCUUCCUCAGCGGCACCGUCUCCGACUUGGGCGCCUUCCAGAAGAAGCAUCCCAAGCUCUUCGAGGAGCACUCCCUGAAGUUCGAGGACGCCCUUGCCAAGGUGCGGCUGCUGUCGCUGUCCAGCAUCGUGCACGGCAGGUCGGAGAUCGCGCUCUCGGAGGUGGCCGAGGCGCUGCAGGAGGACGUAGAUGGUGUCGAGAAGUGGGUUGUCAGGGCGAUCUCCGAAGGGGUGGUCGAUGGCCGCAUCGACCAGCUUAAUUCCAAGGUGCUUGUGAAGACAUCUUUCCAGCGCCAGUUUGCGAAGGA